AUGGCCGGCGGAUGGACUAUUGAUCAAAGCCACACUCCAGACAGGGACGGUCGCAGAGUUGACAUGGAUGUUGUACUUACAGAGAAUUACAAACACUUGAUUGGUGCUCGGAAUAAGCCUCAGAAGAUCAUCCUGCGUGGGUAUCUGGAGUAUGGAGGUGCCUGUUCCUUUCCUGUUAUCCACUCCAUUCUAUUAUGGAGAUCUUUCUUGUCGAUGCAAUGUCUUGGGGUCAUUGUGCUGGAUGCAACAGUAGGAGAUAGCUGCCUAGCCUAUGCGGUCAACUGGAGGACGAUGGUACUUCCAUUGCGACAUUUGUGGAUGAUGGUCGCAGAAGGUUUCACGAGGGAGACUGAUGAUACCCUCUGCCUGAGGCUUAUGAAGGCAGCUAUACCGCCUGUCAAAAAGCUGACUGAGCUUCUAGAACAGAGAGGAACGAAUGGCUUGGCUGGAAUGCGUGCCGUGUAG